AUGCGGCUGCAAUUCUUGCCAUACAACCCUUCAAAGGACUCCUAUGACCUCGACGAGACUGCCGAAGAAUCACCCCAGCAACACGCCGCUAGGGUUUACCAUCGAAAGGCCAAGUUGCUCAGAAAGACGGCUAGCAACAGCCAGAAGUCGGCGGCGAAUCGCGCUCAACACUCGGCACUGAAGGCCAAGUUGGGUGGGGGUCUCCCAAGGUCUGAGGCGGUGGUCUGUGGUGACAAGAGUAGCAAUGUUCUCGCGACAUCCGACACAACAGUUCCUGGCCCGGUGACCGUCCUUGGAGCUGGGCGGAUUGACCCUUUCGACAGCUAUUGCACCUCGGAUCAUUCACUGAUUAUACAUGAGAUGCUCGACCAUGCCAUCUCAUUCCAGUGGACACUUUUCGCUCCGAAUGACAAGCCGGAAUCUCUCCUUAUGGCGAAGAAAGCCGUCAUGGAUACGGCGAUCCGCUUUCCGGUAUGCUUCCACACUCUCGUCUACUCUGGUGCAACGCAUAAAGCUUUCCAUCAAUCACCGAUUGUUGACAACACUAGAAGCGCGCUCCUGCGUUUGAAGAGCAAAGGGGAGGCAUUAAAGGCAUUGAGGAAAGCUUCACAGUCUAGCGAAACGGCAUUGAGCGACGGAGUCAUUUUCGCCAUGGCUCUGUUGGCGAUACUAGGAUAUGGAGAGAAGGUCACCUCAGUGACGAAGCACGAGAAGAGAACGAUGGCCGCUCAGCAAGAUGGCCAGUUUUAUGCUUCUAUGGAGUACGAAUGGCAACACUGGAGGGCGCUCAUCGAAGUGGUCAAGAUGAAAGGAGGACUACACACAAUUCAGUUUCCAGGUCUUGCCUUUGCUAUCGCUUCCUUUGACAUUCACACUUCAAUGAUGUUCCAGACGAAACCCGCUUUUCCUUUAUUCAUGCCGUCGUUGCUCGUCACCUGCUCUUGGUCGACUAGUCAACCUGGCAGCCCUGCGAUGCAGAAUUUGUCUGCCCUUACCUCUGGCUUUGGGUUCUUGGAAUACAUAGGUUUAGCAGAGGCCAUCGACCUCCUGAGCGUUCUGCGUGGAGUCCGCGACAUAACCAUUGCCUUCGACAGUUACCAACACGGCGAGCCUGAAGCCCCACCAAUCAAAAUUAUCAUCUUCGCCCGAAAUCUGAAUCAGCAUGAACUCCUAACCCUGCCCGACUUAUCGGAAGAACUAUAUCCUGAAGAUCUCGGGCAAGGUAGCCCGCCCGCUACACCACGUCAAGCCCUCGCACUAUACGAAUUGUGCCGACUAUGCACCUUUGUCUUCCAAAUGACAGUUCUCCUGCCAAAUCUCCACGACAGCAUAGACGUCACAAUACCGUAUGCCCAACGCAUCCGACUGUGCCUGCAGGUUGCAACCACCAACUUGAGCCUGCAUGAAGACCCAGCAUACCGCGAUGUGCUCCUUUGGGCCACCCUAAUGACCGCUUGGCUUGUCAAAGGCACCUCCCUUUACGACUGGUUUGUUGACUUCUUGGUGGAACACGUCAGUGCCGCUAGAACCGCUAGGAUAGACGGUGGCACGGCGAGUGUCUCCAAGUGGCCGAGAGUCAGGAACAUACUCUCCAGCUUUCUUUGGUUAGACAGUGAAUGCCUUGCACCCUGUGCCUUGAUAUGGGAAGAAGUCGAAGCUUCGCAAAUCCCAGAUGAGAAGUGCGCAAUUUGUUGA